GCGACGAACAUAGCCGAGAACAACGAGCACACACCCAUUCAGCAGCACACGCAGUAGUAGGUAAGUUGCCACAGUUACCGCUCAGCUGCCGACUAGAUCAGUCCAACAGAGUGAACGAACAUCAACGGUUAAUCAACGGUCGAGCUUUAAUUCUCUACACGCUAUCUCAUCGGAAGUUCACGAAAAUGAGCAAAGAAAAGGUUUUGCUAGCUUAUUCGGGUGGCCUGGACACAAGCUGCAUCCUGAAAUGGCUGCUCGAGCAGGACUACGAGGUGAUCUGCUUUAUGGCCGACGUGGGCCAAACGGAGGACUUUGCGGCGGCACGCGAAAAGGCCCUCAAGAUCGGCGCCGCCGAUGUGGUGGUGAAGGACAUGAAGGAUUUCUUCGUGGAAAAGUUUGUCUGGCCGGCGGUACAGAUGGGUUUAAUCUACGAGGACCGGUACCUGCUCGGGACGUCACUGGCGCGGCCCUGCAUCUCCAAGGGCCUGAUGGAUGUGGCGGUGCAGCGUGGCUGCAGCUACAUCUCGCACGGCGCCACCGGCAAGGGCAACGAUCAGAUUCGCUUCGAGCUGAGCUGCUACGCGCUCAGCCCAACGAUCCGCGUCAUCGCCCCGUGGCGCAUGGAAACGUUCUGCCAGCGUUUCCAGGGCCGCUCGGAUCUGCUGGAGUACGCGAAGCGCUCGAAUAUCCCGGUGAGUGCCACCACGAAAGCACCCUGGUCGAUGGAUGCGAACAUUAUGCACAUCAGCUACGAGUCGGGCAUCCUGGAGGACCCGUCGGUGGCGGCACCGGAAGAGCUGUACCAGCUAACGCAAUCGCCAACCCGCGCCCCAGACACACCGACCGUGGCCGAGAUCGUGUUCAAGGCCGGGCUGCCGGUGCGCGUCACCGAGCUGGUCAGUGGGCGAACGAUGGAAAGACCGGUGGACAUACUGGCGUUUCUGAACAAGGCCGGCGGCGAGCACGGCGUGGGACGGAUCGAUAUCGUGGAGAACCGGUACAUUGGGUUGAAGUCGCGCGGCGUCUACGAGACGCCCGGCGUAACCGUGCUGCACUGUGCGCACCGGGAUCUGGAAAUUUACUGCCUCGAUCGGGAGGUGCUGCGGGUAAAAAAGUAUCUUGCCGAUCGGAUGGCGGACUACGUGUACAACGGCUACUGGUACGCGCCCGAGGCUGAGUACGUGCGCAAGUGCAUCCUCGAAUCGCAGAAGCACGUGUCCGGCAAGGUGGUGGUGGAAAUGUUCAAGGGACACGUUAUGGUCACAUCGCGAGAGUCUAUGCACUCCUUGUACAACCAAGAGCUGGCAUCGAUGGAGGUGCAUGGUAACUUUUCACCCUACUCGUCGACGGGAUUCAUUGAGAUCAAUGCCGUUCGACUGAGGGAACAUCAUCGAGUGUUUGGAACGGCCAAUAUGACCAAACACUUCUCACGCACGGAAUCAGAUAUGAAGCUCAUCUGAGUGUAAUGCACAUUCCACGAAACCAUUUUUUUCAACGAAUAAUGUGACGGAAAUGUACUUUAAAAUAAAGUGUAACACCUAUUACUGCAGCAA